GGUUGGUUGGUGUUUCGGUACCAGGUAGGGGCAAGAUUAAUGAUACUCUCUGAUUUCAGAGGGUCACUCCGCGACAGAGCGCCGGCGUCGCAAUGUGGCAUUCGCUCUGGGGGGUCAGAAUGGUAGUGGCAUUUAGGAUAUUUUCUAUUUUACCGGUGCGGAAGCCAGGGAGGGCCAGGCAUAAUUAAAAGCGUGCUCCGAGUAGAAGAUUGGAAAUUGGAAAUUCAGGACUGGGUUCCGUGGAUCGGGAGCCAUAAAUAGAUUAGAACAGCCCAUCCAAGCUUCGAAUUCGUCAGCGCCAGUGAGGAAAACGAACCCCCACCGGUCCACCGGUACCAUCCAACAUCAGCUCAACAUCCCACCAUUCCUGAAAGUUUCGUUGUUGUGUAAUAGGGGGUUUAGAGUAGGGAAAUUAUCUAUACGGAAGCCGUGUUGAUGUGCGCGAAGAAGGUUCUAGCUAGCUACAGUUCUGUAGCGGGGUUGGGCUAACACAAAAAAUCGUGAGAAGUUUUUAAAAGUCACUCAGAAGGACCGGACUUCAACUCGAAUACAGUUGGUUCGAUCGACGGGUAUUAAUAUUAUCUCGUAAUAACAUGUCGGAGAGAAAAGGAACAGACGACGAAGGAGUUGACGGCAGCGCUGCCCUUCGAAGCGUUUCUGAUGCAGCCGAAGUAGUGGCAAUAUGUAUCCCCGACGUUGACGUUGGCGUUAACGAGCAGACACAUGGGGAUGAAUUGUUGAAGAUUGGAAAGGGAGAAUUCCAACGAGAGGAGGGCGACCCGAAGAAGAAACCCGAGGGCGAAAAACAGGGCCACGAAGAUUCGAGCGAUUCCGCUGCUCUUGGGGACGGUUCGAAAGAUCAACGCCAGAAGGGGGAUUCUCCUCAGGGUUGGGCGGACGGCGAACCGUUGCCACCGAACGAUGCGGAGGGUGCUGAAUUGACGGAGCUCCAAAGAGGAGCCAAUAUUCGUCAGGGCCUUGAAACUCUACCGGGUGCCUUUCCACAAGAUGGCGUCAGGACAAGCGAUCAAGAGGGAGGCGAGGAAUCUGCUGGAAGUAGUGCGACGGAACAGGUACUGGUAGAGGCCAACCUUGUGGAAGAAUCGGAAUUGGUAGUGGCAGAGCCUCUGACCUUGCCAACGGGUGACAAUAAUGAUACCGGUACUCCCAAUGAGGGACAAGAUCAAGCCAAGAACGAUCAAUCGAGGACAUGGGUGGGGCUAGCUGGCUUGUUGAUUGUUGUGGUGGGCGCCAUCGUUUUGGCCAUAGUCCUGACCAGGUCCUCAAGUGACAGCAACAGCGACCCUGAGGUUGACGCUAGCUCGACCAGUGGCGGGCAGAUGGAAAUUCCGACCACCACUGGCAACAGCAGUGAAUCCAAUAGUCCCGAUGGUGGCAACGUCAAACCCACUAGCGUUGAAACCAGCAGCCCUAGUACGGCAUCCAACAGUACUGAAGCCAUCAAUGACACCGACAUUGAAAUGCUAUUUCUUCCCGACUUCACUAGAGAAAUGAUUGCCCUUGAUGGGCUGCAAGAAUCUGGACAGAGUUUGGCUUGGCAAUGGCUUCAAGAACACCCAGAGUUUGACAGCAUGCCUACUUGGCGCAAGUUGCAACUCAUGGCACUUGCUUCCUUCUAUUACGCCACAAGUGGAGAAACUUGGGAGGUGCCUCCCUUUGCCACUACUUGGCUUAAUACUAGCCUUCAUGAAUGCGAUUGGCAAGGACGAUCCAUUGAAGAACUCAAAGCCGCUGACCAAUUUUGGGCUCUCAUUGAAAACAACUGUACCGAUGAUGGUGUUUACUUGAACUUGACCUUACAAAAGACGGGUCUUCGAGGAACGCUUCCGCCCGAAAUUGGUUUGCUAACAGGAUUGACUGCCUUGGAUCUGAACGAGAAUUUCAUUGAGGGCCCCCUCCCAAGUCAGAUUGGGGAACUGACUCUGUUGGAAAUAUUGAACUUGGAAAACAAUUUGUUUCGCGGUUUGCUGCCGGGUGAGCUCUUUGGACUUACGGACUUGGCGAAGCUUCAUUUGGGUACCAAUGCCUUCACUGGAGCACUCAGCAACGAGGUUGCAGCACUGACUUCUCUGACUGACUUGUCCAUUUGCACAAACCAGCUGACUGGCACUCUCACACCAGAGAUUAACGCUCUUUCAGAGCUCACUUCAUUGUCAGUCUGGGGGAACUUGUUCAGUGGCACAUUCCCAUCAGAGGUUUUCAAACUGAGCGAGCUGGACAAUUUGGAAUUGGACACCACUGAAUUCAGUGGCACCUUUCCCACUGAAGUCGGACUACUGACGAAGUUGACAGAGUUGCAUUUUAUGCUCUCUCAGUUUACAGGGCCACUUCCCACCGAGCUUGGGCUCCUAACAGCCUUGACAGCUCUUCAUUUUCAGGCAAACCACUUCAAUUCCACACUGCCAAGUGAAUUGAAUGCUCUGUCCAAUUUGACGCAAAUCAACUUUGGUGUGAACGAUCUUACUGGCACGCUCCCUGACCUCAGCAGGUUGACAGCAAUGGUAUCAUUCAAUGGGAGGGAUAGCCAUCAGACUGGAACGAUUCCGGAUCUUUCCUCUAUGACAGAUUUGGAAUGGCUGUGGUUGCAGAACAAUGCUUACACUGGAUCCCUUCCAUCGGGACUGUCCCAGAUGACUUCCUUGCUUGAUCUCAGGCUUAGUUUCAAUCAGUUGACCGGCCAGCUGUUCCCAACGUUGACCCCACUUUCCAGGUUGAGACAACUGCAUCUCCAGAACAAUUCAUUCUCUGAUACGGUGCCGUCAUCAGUUUGUGAUUCGUUGGUCUUGCUUCUGAUGUUUGUUGAUUGUGAUCUUGUGAACUGUACCUGCUCUCAGUGUGGUUGUGUGGAGGAAGACGAAGGUUGAAUGUUCCUGAUUGAGUAAAUGGGGUGCUGGUUGGGGGAACGAGACUGGUACAUCUCUGUGGUUGCAUUGGUGGAGAGGUGUUGCCCUCCCCACCAUUGGUGUCCUACUUGUGCUAGUUCUAGAUGCAGGAAGUGAAUAAAUAAAUAUAGUUGCAUGUUAUC